AUGAACGACCUGCUCCCCCCAACCAACCAAGCUCUUGCGGGCAAUCAACAGCUGGAAGACCGCGGGUGCUAUGCCGGAGCAUCUUCCAGAGCGUGCCAAGACCUCAAGCACAUACAAGCUCUGACGGUUUCGGGGUUCAAGCUGUGUCUGAAAUCCGUUAUCACAUGUCGUACCACGGAAAAUGAGCGCUCAGAAUCCGCUGAUGUUCCUGGCAUGGCAAGAAACGCCUUGGUGAUCGUCUUCCGAACAGAUGCCGCGUUGACGUGGCCAGAGGUCGACUCCCCGUCGGUAUAG